UUUGUUGUAUAUUAAUUCUGCAUUUCGAAUUAUACUCAGAAGUCGUUUCAUCGCAGUGCAAAACAUCUGCCCACUAUAAUUUUCAUAUUGAAACAAAGCGAUUAAGAAGUACAGUUGCUAUUCUUCCAGAAGUUAAUCGCGAAGACUUUUCCAUCUGCGUCAAGUGCAACAACAAUUGUUAAAAUUGUAGCAGUCGACUUAAUGAAUUGCCAAACUCUGGGACAAUAUGUGAUGAUGAAUAAUGGUCUAGCACAUGAGUAGUAACAAGCUUCGAAGGGGGUCCAGCAUGGAGACCGUGUGCGGAAGGAUCACAAGAUGCAUUAAAAGUAAACGAUGGCUGUCAUGUCGUGACAUUCUGUGGUACCUGGUAUUCACUGGAGGUAUCGUCAACUACAUGGUAAAAAUCAGUUUGAAUCUUGUGAUCGUGGCAAUGGUGAUACCGAGAACAGAAACACCCAGUAGUCUAGCUGAAUGCGAUGCUGGUGCAGUAAACAAUUUUAAUUUUACACUUCAGUCUCACGAAUCAUCAAAUCACUCAAGUGCACUUCCAGACAAUGAGCACGCUGGAAAAUUCAACUGGACUGAGCACCAGCAAGGCUUAGCCCUGGGAGCUUUUUACUGGUCGUACUGGUCGACUCAAGUCCCAGGUGGACUUCUAGCCCAGAAGUACGGGACAAAACUGGUGUUUGGUGGAGCCAAUUUCCUCGCUGCUCUCCUAGGUCUCCUGAUUCCCAGUGUUAUCAAGUGGAAUUUCAACGUCUUCCUGGCCCUCAGGGUCCUCCAGGGUGUAAUCAUGGGUGUCGUCACUCCAUCCACAAAUGUCAUGACAGCAAAAUGGAUUCCUCCAAACGAAAGAAGUAAAUUUGUCAGUGCUUACAUGGGUGGAUCGGUGGGAACAGCAAUUACAUAUCCAUUAUGUGCAUUUGUCAUCAAUUAUUUCAACUGGGAAGCGGCAUUUUACUUCGUCUCUGGCAUUUGCAUAAUCUGGUAUUGCUUCUGGCUGUUCUUCAUGUUCGAUUCACCACAGCAGCAUCCGAGAAUCUCCCAGGAGGAGCUCGAGUACAUCCUGACGAAUACUCCUGCCUCUUUAACGGUUUCAAGGAAACAGGCCAUCCCCUGGAGAGCUAUUCUCACCUCCCGGCCAAUGUGGGUUACAGCUGUUGCACAUUGGGGUGCUACCUGGGGAUUCUACACUCUUCUCGCCCAAGGGCCGACCUAUUUCAGGUUCAUACAUGGCUGGGAUCUCAAUACAACUGGCCUGAUUACAGGGGCUCCUCACAUUCUGCUCAUGAUUUUUUCCUAUUUAUUUGGUGGCUUGUGCGAUUGGCUCCUGAAAUCAGGAAAAAUGACGAGAACUGGAGUACGAAAAUUGGCGAUUGCAAUGUGUACGGCCGUUCAAGCGAUAUUCACAGUGGGUCUGAGUCUUAGCGGUUGCCAGUCAACACUUGCUGUGGUCUUCAUGCUGAUGGGGACAAUCGUGACAGGUGGAAUAUCAGCGGGAACAGUGGCUACUCUGGUAGAUCUGAGUCCAAACUUCAGCAGCAUUUUGCUAGGAAUUUGUGGCUUGGCUGUUAAUGGUGUGGGUGCCAUAUCACCGCUGAUUGUUGCAGAAUUGACGAAUAAUAAUCAAACAAUUGGACAAUGGAAACUAGUCUUCCUGAUAGCAGCUGCAAAUAUGAUGGGCGGUUUCAUUGUCUUCAUGAUUUGGGGAACAGCCAAUGAGCAAUCAUGGAAUUCUUCGAUUCAUGACUCUGAUCGUUCGGAGGAAAGACUUCAGAAAAAAAAAGACGACCAAUUAUGUGAAGAGGUGAAGAGCACAAUGGGUCAAAACGGUAAAGAACAUUGAUACCUUUAGGCGAAUAUUUUAAUCACCCUCGUGUUGAAGUUAAUAGGUACAAAUCAAUAAAAUAAAACGACUUCAUUGUACAAUGCAAUUACAGUCAAUUUAUUUCAACUCAAGAUUAUUUUUUAUGAAUAAAUUAGUAGUGUGAUGAGAUCUCAUAAGACCAAGUGCGUCUAACUGCGGUGUGGGGUGAACAGAAUGUCAAAAUCCGAUGGAUUAUAUAUGUGGAUUAAAAAAAUAAAAAAUAAAAAUUUUCGCCCGAAAUUAAUUACUGA